GCUGCUCUUACACGCAAAGCCAGAGAGAGAGUGAGUGAAAGAGAGAGCAAGUACAGGCCACAUAGCACUUCAUUACGACAAUACAAGGCCUGAGUGGACAUGCUGUCUCUGUGCUGCAUUCUGGCCCUAUUGGCCUCGUUCUGUCCUGACACCUCUGGCACCACUGCUGGAGUCAAGGUGAAACUAACUCAGAAGGGACUGGAGUACGGCCAAAAGAUUGGGAUACCAAUCCUGCUGAAGAAACUUAAAGCAAUUGAUUUGCCAGAAAUGAACGGCUCAGUUGGCGUGUUUCUCAUUGGCCGGGUUGCCUACAGUUUGACAGGGAUGAAAGUGUUGAAUGUGAGGUUGCCACAGUCAGCAGUGGGUUUGGUCCCAGGCAUUGGAGUCAGCCUGAUCAUCAGUGAUGGCUACAUUGACACGGGUGGCAACUGGAGAGUGAAAUUCUUGGGAUUCAUAUCGGACAGCGGUACUUUUGACUUGUCCGUGUGUGGAUUGACCAUCACUACCACCAUUACCAUCAAGAGUGACGGCACUGGCCGCCCAAUGGUCAGAAGUGCCAACUGUGAAGCCAGUCUUAGCCACGCCAGAAUCAGAUUGCGUGGGGGUGCCAGCUGGCUGUAUAAUAUGUUCAAUGGUUACAUCAAUAAGAAAGUGCGCAAGGAACUCCAGAGAAAGAUAUGUCCUCUUGUCUCUGAGAACAUUCAAAAAAUCAAUUCCUACAUGAAAACCCUAAAUGUUCUGAAAAAAAUUGACAGAUAUGCUGAAAUUGAAUAUGGCUUGACGGAGUCACCUGUCGUAUCUGUUUCCAGCACUGAGCUCAGUUUAAAGGGGGAGUUUUACAACAUUGGAGUGCACAAGAAACCCGCGUUUGCCCCGACACCAUUUUCACUGCCACCUAAUGAAAGAAACAUGCUGUAUAUGGGCAUCUCUGCCUUCACUGCCAACUCAGCAGGCUUUGUGUACAAAAAUGCAGGAGCACUCAGACUCAGAAUCACAGAUAAAAUGAUUCCCCGAGCCUUUCCAUAUCGUCUGAACACCAAGACAUUUGAAGCCUUAAUUCCGCAGAUUGCUAAGCAGUACCCUAACAUGAUGAUGAAGCUCCUGGUGAAGGCAGCGACAGCACCAACCGUCACGUUUGCACCCAACAACGUAACGCUGCAGGCCAACACCACUGUUACUGUUUACGCCAUCCAGCCCAACACCACCCUCACAACCCUCUUCAUCCUUAAUGUGGAUGCCAGUUUGAGCGCUCACGUUUAUGUCAUAAGGAAAAACCUGGCUGGAAAACUGAGUCUUAAUAAAUUUAAUAUAGACUUAGGUACAAGUUACAUCGGACCAUUUAAGGUGAAACCAUUAGCCUCCUUCCUCCAGAUAAUGUUGAAAAUUGUGAUACCCCACGUUAACGUUAUCCUACAGCGAGGUUUUCCUCUGCCGAACAUUGCGAAUAUCAGUCUGGUGAAACCUCGACUGGUUAUUAUGAAGGUAAGUUUAUAUCCGUCAUAUGAACAAACCUGGAUGCAUGAAGUGUUGAAUGUUUUGUGUAUCUAUGAGCCUCUGCUAUAAAUACACACUGUUCUUCCAGGACUAUGUGCUCAUUGGGACAGAUGUUCAGUUCAAGCCAUGAAUGAGCAUCACCUGAUGUCUGCUCACUUUCAACUGCUAAAAGUCUGUUCUUUUGUCAAAUUGAGUGGAACAAAUUGAAAACAAUCUGCUUGGACAUAUCAAUCUGCUUGGACAUAUUACUGUGUGAAAGCAAUCUGCUUUUCCAUCAUUUAUUACACUUGCACCUCCAUUAUUUGCUGCAAUCAUAAAAAUAAAAAAAUUGAUUUCA